CCUGCUACGUAACGCACGUGUUGUCUUACUGAACACAAAUUAGCUUCAAUAACUUUCCUUCCCACAAAUCAAAACACUUUCCUUCUUCCCACAUUGGUUGCGGCAUUUCCAUCAGGUGAUCAGCUUCGUUCCAUCUGCAGGAAAGCAGCACCGCAACUUCUGCCUAAAAUAAAGGCCACCCAAACAUUGACUUUUGAAUCAAAGCUUUGAAUCAUAGCACUACCAGGGAGUAUUCUCAAAUCUUUGAAGGUUGUGCCUUUUGAGCUUGUCAGCUGCAUAUUUUCUAUGGGGAACGAUGUUAAAGUUUUUCAAGGCUUUUGGCGUCAUGGUGAUCAAGUCUGUGGUUGCUUUUCCAAGAUUGGUUUUGGACGGAUCAAGAGACUGGUUUCCACAACUGCUUGCAUAAUCUUCUUCUUCCUCCUCCUCACUGCUGCCUUGGUUCCUUGGAUACAUGUGCCUAUUAUACAGGGCAACCCAUUUCCCCAGAUGAUUUUUUCCUCACGAAGUAGUAUUAAAAAACACCAUUCAAGAACUGAAUACCCUCUAAACUGCUCUGAUUCAGGUUUGCAACAAAAAUGCCCAAACAAUUAUCCUUUGGUAUUUGAGCCUGGUAAAUUGUCAACAGAAACUUGUCCGGACUACUUUCGGUGGAUCCACCAUGAUUUACAACCCUGGAAGAAUUCAGGAAUUACAAAAGACAUGAUUGAAAGAGGGAAACUGAGUGCAGAGCUUAGACUUGUGAUUGUCAAGGGUGAGCUUUAUAUGGAGAAGUCUGGCCACCCUUUCCAAACCAGAGAUUUAUUUACGAUAUGGGGCAUUUUGCAGCUUCUAAGGUUUUACCCUGGAAAGCUACCAGAUUUAGACCUUUUGUUCUAUACUGGAGACUCGACGAAGAUCAAGAAAAGGGACUAUCAAGGACCUAAUGCUAAAUCACCACCGCCUCUGUUUCAUUAUUGUGGAGAGGAGAAAGCACUCGACGUUGUGUUCCCUGACUGGACCUUCUGGGGAUGGGCUGAGGUUAGUAUAAUGCCAUGGGAGCAGAUGCUGAGUGCAAUAAAGAAUGGCAGCAAGAGGACCAAGUGGGAAGAUAGGGUCCCUUAUGCCUAUUGGAAGGGUAACCCAAAUGUUUCUAAACAAAGGAAAGACCUUUUGAAAUGCAAUCGCUCGGAUAAAUAUGACUGGAAUACUCAUCUUUAUAUCCAAAAUUGGACUAAAGAAAAUGAAGAAGGGUUCAAACAUUCCAAAUUGGAAGAUCAAUGCACCCAUAGAUAUAAAAUUUAUGUAGAAGGAGUAACAUGGUCUGUAAGUGAGAAAUACAUACUAGCAUGUGAUAGUAUGACCUUGAUGAUAAAGCCUGGAUACUAUGAUUUCUUCUCGAGAAACUUGGUGCCAAUGCAGCAUUACUGGCCCAUCCGCAGCACAAGCAAAUGCAAAGAUCUUAAGUUUGCAGUGGAAUGGGGCAAUAAUCACACUGACAAGGCACAGGCUAUUGGGAAGGCAGGAAGCAAAUUAAUUGAAGAGUUUCUGACAAUGAGAAAUAUAUAUGAUUACAUGUUUCAUUUGUUGAACGAAUAUGCCAAGCUCUUGAAAUUUAAACCAACAAUACCUUUAAAAGCCAAAAGGGUCUGCUCGAAAACCACAGCAUGCUCGAGGGAAGGUGUGUGGAGGGAGUACAUGGAGCAGUCCAUGGUGAAGUCCCCUAGCGAUAAACUUCCAUGCGCAUUGCCUCCCCCAUAUGAACCUCAAGCUCUUCAAGCUUUUCUCGACAAAAAAGAGAAAACAAUUAGGCAAGUGGAGGCAUGGCAAGCUGAAUAUUGGAAUAUUGGAAGGAACUAAAUGAUAAGAAGCAAUAGAGAUCUCUCUUUU